GAACCCUCGAACCUCUGCCUAAAUUUCCCUUUGAACAACAAUAGUUUGACUCAUACUAACCAAAUCAAUAGAACCUUGUCUCGCGUCCCGAUCUCACGACAAUUUAGCGCUCAGAUCAUGCCAGCCACCCGUGUCACGGUGGCCCUAAAUGCCAAGCAGUCGCAGAAGGCUCCACUUCUCAUUCCAACCUCUGCGUCUCAUGAUCCAUCUUCCGCGGCCUCCAUUUGCUCACUUGUCUUUAAGACAGCACAGUCGAAGCUUCGCCUUAGGAAGCCAUCACGGGUCUAUGUUGCAGGCACAGGCCAGGAGCUGAUCACAAGUGAUGAUUGGAAGAGCGUCAUCCGAGAUGACCUGACGCUCCUUGUGUCUGCUGGAGAGAUGUAUAUCGGUAUGAGGAAAGAAUCGACCAAGCACCCUGAUGCCAAUCCAGACUGUCUCGUCAACAUCCUCGCGGAAAAAGCUCCAGUUGACAAACUCUCCGUGACUCAACUCCAAACUAUCGCAACCGAGUUACCCGGGAUCGUUCACGCGGUCGGUCAGCCAGACCUACACCCCGGCACUAAGUUUCCCAUUGGUGCCGUCUUUGCUUCGAGGAAAUGGGUACAUCCGCCUCUCAUCGGAAGCGACAUUGGAUGUGGCAUGGCCUGGUACAAGACCAACCUGUCGAGGAGGCAGGUGGAUGGCGACAAAGGCAAGAAGGUCGCAGAGAAGCUUCGAGGCUUGGAGGGUCCGUGGCGGACACAGGCUGAUCGCGAACAAUGGCUCCUAGACGACGGUUGCUCGGCCGGAGAAGAGUGGGAUAGCUCUCUUGGUACUAUUGGUGCUGGAAAUCACUUUGCGGAGAUCCAAGUCGUAGAAACAUUGUCGCUCCCCAACGGGUCUCACGGCCUACACGAAAACGAUGUCGUGUUACUAGUCCACUCCGGGUCGCGGGGUUAUGGUGGCAACAUUCUCAAGAAGUACACAUCCGAAGCACACGUCAGCCUCGAGGAAGACAAUAAUGCUACGAAAGAGUACAUGCGGGAGCACGACCAAGCCUGCCGGUGGGCAAAGGCUAAUCGGGAUCUCAUCGCCGUGCGCUUUCUAUCCUGCCUCGAGCCCGGCGAAGAAGUUUGGGGAUUGGGACAAAAUCCACCAAAUGCCGAACAAAUUGACGAUACCGACAUGAUAUCACUUACCAAGGCUAAACUGCAAGAACGAAGGGUAGUCGAUAUCUUGCACAACAACGUGGAGCGGGUAAAAUGGCCGCCGGCCCCACCAAGUUCUGCCGCGACAAUCUCAGCACUUAAAGAGAAAGAUUCUCAACUGCUCCUCGAAUCGAGUCAGGAGCAACAAGAUUACGUUUACAUUCAUCGAAAAGGCGCUGCUCCAACAUGCAACCCUGUCACCAAUAUGCCGCUUGAUAUUCUGCCUCUUCCUGGAUCUCGAGGCACUCCGACAAUGAUUCUCAAGCCAACCUUCUCUGAGGAAACGUCAUGGGGCAUGAAGAAUGCACUCUCGCUCGCACAUGGAGCCGGACGAAGCAUCUCCCGCUCAAAGGCCCUCUCGUCUUUCAGCCAGAAGUACAAGAAUCACAACCUCCUCCUUGAGCCUGGCACAGGCCCCAACAAGGGGACCUGGGUCAUAUGUGACGAAAAAGAUCUCGUGUACGAAGAGGCUCCAGAGGCGUAUAAAGAUGUGUAUGCAGUAAGUGAGGACUUGGUAAAAGAGGGGGUGGCGGAAAUUGUGGGAUUAUGUAGGGCAAGGAUAAGCUACAAGGUCAGAAAUGAGUUGAGGUGAGCGAGCCGCGAAGACCAUUGACAGCAGCACGGCUCUUCUGUGCCGAAAACUCCAGGCCUUGAAACAAGGACCUGGCGCAAGUACGGCAUGCUCUAGCAUACCACGGAUCUUGACCAAGACAGAAAUGAUAAGUCAAACCUCUUGCUUGAACAUCGGGGGACUAUCUGGGGGGCUAUCAGGGGAUACUAAUUCUUGUCCUGAAUCAGUCUGUCGGGUGUGCUAAUAGGCCGCAUUUUUGCUUUUUUGAUUGCAUAGAUCUCGUAGGUGAAACCACUCAAUUUUGUAUCCUGUUCUUGGAUACUCUCUCUGUUUCUCCUUAUCACGAUCACAAACGCCUAUCUUAUUUCCAAGCGAAGCGAAGCGGCUGUUACG